AUGAAUACUUCAAAAUUAUUUUGUUUCUUCAUUUAUCUAAUAGUUCUUAACAUAAUAGCUCCAUGUUUAUCAUUGAAGGUUAUUUCUCAUUCCAAGGACACUUAUAAUAACUUAAGAAAUAGGAAAUAUUCUAAAAAGAUAGAUUUAAGUCUUGAAAAUAAUUUUUCAUAUAAUGCGCUAAAAAUAAUUAAGAAUAAUAUAACUGAAAUUGUCCUAAAAGCAUUUAAUAAUAUUCCAGUUGAUGAGAAAAAAGAUUUAUUAAAAAACCAAGAUGACUUGAAAAGAUUUAUUCAUAAUAUUAUAGAUGGAAAAUUUACUAUUUCAACUGAUCAAGAAAAAUACGCAACUGUUGUAACAAUUUAUGAAUUAUUUAAGGAAAAUUUUAAAUUAAUUGUAAGUGAUCAAAAGGAGAUGAAUACUAUAAAUCAUUGUUUUCAAAUGAAGAAGCAUUAUGAUAAAUUAAUAGAUGCACAUUGGCAUAAUCUUCUUGAAUCUAUGAAGGAAGAAUUUAAAAACAUGCGGGAUCUAGAGGAUAUGACUGAUGAUCAAAAAGGAGCAUUAUGGAAUAAAUGGUAUAUUUUUUUGAUAAAAUUGAAGAUGGAAGAUGAAUUAUCACAAACAAGAUUUUUUAUUGAUGUGAUGGACCAAACUGAUGUAGAAUUAUUAAUUAAGAUAUAUCUCCAAAGUUAUGAAAUAUCAUGGAAAAAUAUUAGAGAAGAAUACUUAAUGAAUGAGAUGCAUAAAUUUAUGACAAAAGAACAUAAUAGUAUACUUAAAAAAAAGUUAGACUAA